ACCAAUUUCUCACACUGAAAAACAGCCCAAUAUUUUCAAACCCCCUUUUCUUCAAUUCUUCACUGCCCCCACGCAUGAAUUCUUAAGCCUAACGAAGUAAAGAUUGCCCUUUUGCUGGUUAUCGGUACUUCCCUGAGCUUAAAUCAUCCAAUUAUUGGGGAAUUCUACAGUUUUUGGACUCGUGGAGUGAUCUGCUGACUACAGAUGGAGGGUAACAGUGUGCCGGGUGGACUCGUUGGGUCGGAGAUUCAUGGCUUCCGAACCAUGGAAGAUUUGGAUUUCAAGAAUAUCUCGGAGGAAGCCACAUCAAGAUGGCUCCGACCGAAUGAGAUUCAUGCUAUCCUCAGCAACCACAAGUAUUUUACCGUUUACGUCAAACCCAUGAAGUUGCCAACAAGUGGCACAAUUGUGUUGUUUGAUCGCAAGAUGCUUCGGAAUUUUCGGAAAGAUGGCCAUAACUGGAAAAAGAAGAAGGAUGGAAAAACAGUUAAAGAAGCUCAUGAACACUUAAAAGUUGGCAAUGAGGAAAGAAUACAUGUAUACUAUGCACACGGAGAAAACAAUACUACUUUUGUUCGCAGAUGUUACUGGCUGCUCGACAAGUCAUUGGAAAAUAUUGUCCUUGUGCAUUAUCGUGAGACUCAAGAGUUGCAGAACUCCCUAGCCACACCUGUAAACUCGCCAUUAACUACUUGGACUUUGCCAGAAGGAUCCGAGCCUGCAAUAGACUCGAUGUAUUAUGAUGGAAGCAUGCCAGUCUUAGUGCGCAAUGACAGUGUGGUGAUUAAAACACAUGAACAGCGACUUUAUGAGAUCAAUACUCUUGACUGGGAUGAGCUUGUGGUGCCAAUUGAUCCCAACAAUCACUGUUCAACACAAGAAGCUGCAAAUACUGCAGGGUUUGAGUUGCCAAAUCAAUGUCACAUGAACAACUAUAAAAUUAGUACCGAUGCACAAUCAACUGAUAAGGUAUCACCAGAAAGCUCGUACAGCAGUUUCUCCGGACAGGUUGCUUGCGCAGUGAAUUGCAACAUUCCCAACAAUUCAUCCUACCAGACAGUGGACCAUGACACGACUUUUAGUUCGGAUACUAAUAUUUCCGGACUGGUGACUUUAGGUGGGGUUGGUAAUGGCAUGCAUUUGGUGGGCCCAGAUGGUUACCAAUCACAGGAUGGUUUCGGAACAACACAUGUGAUUGCAGGAUCCCCGGAAUCAGUUGAUAAUCAUUCAUUGGAACCCUCACUUUUGAAUCCGCAUCAAUCCUACUUGUAUAACAUGAAGGAUAAUAAUCGCUACUCUCCAUUGGGGCAGAUAUUCACUGUAACUGAUAUCUCACCGUCAUGGGCUAUUUCGACCGAGGAGACAAAGAUCUUGGUAGUCGGUUUUUUCAGUGACGGACACCAACACUAUGAAGAUUCCAAGUUGUACCUCGCGUGUGGAGAUUCUGUUGUUCCAGCAGAAGUUGUACAAGCAGGAGUAUACCGAUGUUUAAUUUCAUCUCAAGCUCCUGGAUUGGUGAAUCUAUUCAUGACUUUAGAUGGGUGUAAACCAGUCAGUCAAGUCCUUACUUUUGAAUUCCGUGCUCCUAUGCAACCCAAAGGAUUCAUUUCAGCUGAAAAUACUGACAACUGGGAGGAAUUUCAGCUCCAGUUGAGACUUUCUCGUCUUCUGUUUUCGUCAUCCAAGGACUUGAGUAUUUAUUCGUCUAAACCCUCCCAAAAUGCUUUAAAGGAAGCCAAAGUUUUCGUGAAAAAAACUUCCGCCGUUUCUCAGGAAUGGGGGACAUUAUGCAAAAUGAUCGAAGAAGCGAAGAUGUCUUUUCCCCAGGCAAAAGAAAGGCUAUUUGAAUUGACGUUGGAAAAUAGGCUUCAUGAAUGGUUGCUAGAAAAAGUGGCUACGGGGUAUAAAAUUACUGAUCGAGACGAACAAGGUCAAGGUGUUAUUCAUUUGUGUGCCGUUCUUGGGUAUACGUGGGCAGUUCACCUAUUUUCUAAGUCUAGCUUAUCGUUGGAUUAUCGAGACAAAUAUGGAUGGACGGCUCUGCAUUGGGCUGCGUAUUAUGGAAGGGAGAAAAUGGUGGCAGUCCUUUUAUCUGUUGGGGCGAAGCCAAAUUUAGUUACAGAUCCAACCUCACAAAACCCCGGUGGAUGCACCGCUGCUGAUCUUGCUUCUUUGAGUGGUCAUGAGGGUUUGGCAGCGUUUCUGGCCGAGAAGUCUUUGGUGGCCCAAUUUAAGGAUAUGACCUUGGCUGGAAACGUUAGUGGCUCGUUGCAAACAACCACGAACGACAUGGUGGACACUGGGAGUUUCACCGAGGAGGAAGUGUAUCUGAAGGAUGCCCUCACUGCUUACCGGACAGCAGCUGAUGCAGCGGCACGUAUCCAGGCUGCAUUCAGAGAUCAUUCUUUCAAAGUGCAGACGCAAGCAGUUGAGGCAUUGAGCCCAGAGAUUGAAGCACGGAACAUAGUUGCAGCGAUGAGGAUCCAGCAUGCUUUCCGCAACUACGAAACACGCAAAAAGAUCGCGGCAGCCGCUAGAAUUCAGUACAGAUUUCGUACUUGGAAGAUCCGAAAAGAUUUCCUUAACAUGCGUCGUCAGGCCAUUAGAAUUCAGGCUAACUUCCGCGGUUUCCAAGCCAGGAGGCAAUACCGUAAAAUCUGUUGGUCGGUGGGUGUCUUUGAGAAAGCAAUACUGCGAUGGCUCCAGAAAAGGAAAGGGUUCCGUGGGCUUCAAGUCCAACCUGAUGAAACUCCUCAAGAUCAGAGUGAAGAAAUUGGCGCGGAAGAGGACUUCUUCAAGGCAAGCAGGAAGCAAGCUGAGGAGCGCGUCGAGAGAUCCGUUGUCAAAGUGCAGGCAAUGUUUCGUUCGAGACAAGCGCAGGAAGAGUACAGAAGGAUGAAACUAGAAUGCAGCCGGGCAACGCUGGAAUCGGAAGAACUACUCCAUCCCGAUUCUGAAAUGGGAUGAUAAAACACGGUAAAAACGUUCAUCUCGACUCGAUUCCUUUACAUUUGUAAAUUCUGAACUCGAGUAGGCCCUCCUCUGUAAGUAUGAUUGUACAAGUUGGUAUGGAGUUGUGAUCUUGAUUCUCAUGAAACUUGCUUGUUGAUUGCCACUUCUUUAGACAUAAAUGACUCAUCUAGUGUUUUGCAUAUCUUGUGUGUAUAGUGUUGAUGUCAUUUGUACACCAUGUAUUAAAGGCAUUGAAAAUCCUUUCAUAAUAUCUAGUAUAUAUUUUGCAGUUUGUA